GUUCCUAAAGGCUUACUAAGAGUCCCAGCUUGUUCCAACCAUGAGUCCAGGUGUGGGCCUGAGGCCAAGGGGAAGGAGAGUGUCCCCUAAAAGUGGACAGGACCAAGGCAAGCUGCGGGUGGUUUCCACAGCAGCCAGGGGCCAAGAGGGGCUGCGUUCUCUCCCCACAGUGGAGCUUCUCCCCUUUGUCACCUUGGGACGGGCCAGAUUGGCCUCUAGGGAGCUGCCUGCCCUGAUUAAAACUGCAGAUAACCCAGGGCGGAGGCGCAGGAACCGAAGGGAAAGGAACACCGCCUUGGAUACUCAGAGGCUCAAACUCCUUGCAUUUGGACAACCGUCUUCUGAUAAAUGCUUCUGGCAGGGAGAGCUGAGAAGAAACGAUCUCUCUUCCCCCCUCCCUCUCUCCUCUCUAUUGCUCUCCCAGCUCCCAACGCUCUCCCUCCCGAACUCUGGGCUGUCCGCCAGCCCCAUCACCUGGGAACAAAAACACUUGCCCCAGCCCAGCGCCCAGGACGGUUUUUUAGCGACGAUGGCAGCCAACCGCCUCGCUCCGGAGGGGCCCUGGGCCCAUAGGGUCUUCCAGUCGUGCUGGCAGCGGUGAUCUCCAGCUCCCUCCUCUGCAGGAGGCCUGAGCGGAGCCAAGGGCUAUCCCGCGCGGGGCCGGUGCCGCACAGCCUGGAGCGGGGCCGCCGCUCAGCAGCCGCAGGCUCGGCUCCCGACCGGAGUCAGGUCCAAAGGCGUCCCCUGUGGACUCGCGGAGAUCUCGGAGCCCUCGGAGCCCUCGGAGCCCUCGGAGCCGGGGUGGCGGCGGAGCAUGGCCGCGGGAGCAGAGCGCCAGGCCGGCGCGGAGCUGGAGGCGCCCCCCCAGCACGAUCAGAUCUCUCACACAAAUCUUUCUGCAGAUGACGAGUGGAAGUUGAGGACUUUUGCAGAUGACCUCAUUUGCUGGUUCCAGCCUGCAGCAGGAGAAGAUGUUCAAGAUGCACCGGGGCCACGAGUCCAUGCACGUGGAGAUGAUCUUGAUCUUCCUCUCCACCCUGGUCAUCGCCCAGAUAGUGCUGGUGCAGUGGAGACAGAGGCAUGGCCGGUCCUACAACCUGGUGACCCUGUUGCAGAUGUGGGUUGUCCCUUUGUAUUUCACAAUAAAACUUUACUGGUGGCGGUUUCUGUCUAUGUGGGGAAUGUUCUCAGUUAUCACCAGUUACAUCCUCUUCAAAGCAACGCGAAAGCCCCUCUCUGGGAGAACACCCCGAUUGGUCUACAAAUGGUUUCUUCUCAUCUAUAAACUCAGCUACACAUUUGGUGUUGUGGGUUAUUUGGCUAUCCUAUUUUCACUGAGUGGAAUUCAUUUAUUUUUCAAAAUCAAGGCAAGAGAUUCCAUGGAUUUUGGCAUUGUGUCGCUGUUCUAUGGCCUCUACUAUGGCAUAAUGGGGAGAGACUUCGCAGAGAUCUGCUCGGAUUACAUGGCUUCUACUAUAGGGUUCUACAGUGACAGUGGGAUGCCCACAAGGAGCUUGUCAGACAGCAUCUGUGCUGUCUGUGGACAAAAAAUCAUUGUGGAGCUCAAUGAAGAGGGGCUCAUUGAAAACACUUACCAGCUUUCCUGCAAUCACGUCUUUCAUGAAUUCUGCAUCCGAGGUUGGUGUAUUGUUGGUAAAAAGCAGACCUGCCCUUACUGCAAAGAGAAGGUUGAUUUGAAGAGGAUGAUCAGUAACCCCUGGGAGCGCACACACAUUUUGUAUGGACAAAUCCUGGAUUGGCUUCGUUAUUUGGUAGCCUGGCAACCCAUGGUGAUAGGAAUAGUUCAAGGCAUUAACUACUCACUAGGGCUGGAAUGAUCAGGAAGCAAGGUGUUGCAUGUUGAUCUGUUUUCAAAUCCUUGAUUCUAGAUUGACUAUUGAUAUUCAUUUUUUUUUUAAUUUUAGAGAUGAUUCCAUGAGUUUAGAGACCUGAAUAAGAUUGAAUCGUCUACCUAGGGCAAUUUAUGUGGAAAGAAUUUAAAGAACUGAACAACGAAAUAAACAAAACACGUUCUGCAUCUUUCCCAUUACGGUUGUUUUCUAAUCCACACAUGCAACCCGUGUAUUACAAACGCCCCCAAGGACGUCCCUCCUCUGAUUUGGCUGAUGACCAUCUCCUCUGUAGUGUGUUUCAGAGGUUUGCAAUGCACUUCUCACACAGACCAUUUGGUGAUA